CGAUUUGUGAUAGCUCCAAGUACCGCCGGCUGACGCAGUGAUCCCAGUGACCCGUCCGGCGAUGACGGGGCGGUGAUCGAGUGUCGUCAGUCAGUGUGGCGUGACCGCUGACUGUACCAGUGGCACUGUAUAGGGACAGCAGUGUAGAACAGCUCCGACCGCCGUCUGAACCUCCGCCAUGCCGUGUCUUCCGUCAGGCUCCGGCUCGCUCAGGAAGCGCAGUAUGGAGCGCAAAUUCACCCGGGUGCUCGCCCGGCCCGGCAUGGCCGCCCAGCUGCGGGAGAACGUCAGUCAGGCCGUCAAGGAGACCACCAUUCAGACGCAGCGUCACAUCACCGAGCCCCUCGACUACGAGGGGUACGUGUCCAAGAACAUGACGAUUCUGCGGAACGACCCGCACCGCGAGCUGCUGCUCUUCCCACUGGACGACGUGGAGCAACACGUGCGCGAGCAGCACGGCUCGGCGCUGGGCGCUCCUCUGGAGCAGCUGGCUCUGCAGCAGGCCGACAACCACAUGAUCCGCGAGUGUCUGGAGACAUACACGGCCCGACUGGUGUCCGUCAAAUACAAGUACGACGCGUACGCGGCCACCUAUCUACAGCUGCCCAGGUUUCCGCGCACGCCUCCGCUGCCGCCGUACGUAUGUGAGUCCGACCUGGACAUUGACUGUACCGACUCCAUCGAGGUGCAGUCCGUCUCCAAGGCCGGCUACCUGCUGCGCGGGACGGACGGAGCCGGCGACAAGCUCUUCGCCAAGUCCUUCAAACGACGCUUCGCCAGACUCAGGCAAGGCGUGGACGGCAACUACGUACUCGAGUUCUACAAAGACUCCAAGUCGUCGGAGAGCAAAGGUGCCAUUCCGCUGGACUUAGUCAGCGAUGUGGUCAAGGCGCCGAAGCGGGGCAAGUUCUGUUUCGAGCUGCGGUCGACAGAUGGCGGUAAGGGCCACGUGCUGACGGCGGAGACGGAGGCGGACCUGCAGGAGUGGCUGGACACGGUCAGCCGGGCGGUGGCGCUCACCAGAGACGACCGGCUGUCGGUGACGUCAGAGACGGUCUCCACCACCGACGGACCCGGCACUCCGGCCCUGGGUCCUCCGCCGGCCGACGACCGUUUCAGCACGCUGCGGGGUCUGGACCAGAGUCUGAACCCACAGCUGAACCGGUACGCGCACGAGACGGACUACCUCAUCGGACAGGCGCGCACCGAGGGCCGCCUGCCAGUGUUUCAGCUCUACCCCGAUAUACAGUCGACGCCGCUGUCUGUGGCGUCGAGUGAGGACCACCUGCGUACCGAACCGUUCUCGGAGGUGCACGGUGUCACCGUGUUAGUCCGCUGUGAGAGCCUCCAGUUCCGACUGCAGAUGGCCGUCGACGAGACCGGAGACAACAUGUCACAGAUCGAGCCCUAUUUUGCCUCGUUAUGUCUAUACGACGCGAAACAGGGCCGGAAAAUAUCGGAGGAUUUCUUUUUCGAUGUGAACGAGCCCUACAUUCGAAAUCUCCUGCCAAAGAGCAUAUCUAAGAACAAGUCCCGGGGCGCGUGCCUGCUGCCGGACCUGACCCACGCGCCGCUGGAGUGGCUCUCCUAUCCCAGACAGGCGCUGUUUACGGUGCAGCAGCCGCACAGCGAGAUAUUUCUGGUGGCGCGCAUUGAGAAGGUGCUGCAGGGCGCUGUCUCGGUCAGCUGUGACCAGUACUGCCGGACGGCCGACCCCAAACACGUGGCCAAAAUGCACCACCAGGUGCGACAGUCGUGCGACAGACUGGGCGGCUACCGCAUGCCGUUCGCGUGGACGGCGCGGCCGCUGUUCCGCUCCACGGCCGACCUGGACCCGGCCGACUUUGGCGCCCUGUACCGACACGAGCCCAACAGGAUGACCGAGGAGGACGUCCUCAAACUGCUGCAGGACUGGAGAAAGCCGGACAAGCUGAGUCGUCUGGCGGUGAUCCCCGGCUCUCUGAAGGUCACCGUUCAGAUACACAGCGGACAGCCCAUCAACAACUGUCUAUCGCCGUCUCUGGUGCCGCUGAAGCCGUUCCCGGUCCCGCCGUCGUGCCCGCCGACUCUGAAGCUGCAGAGUCUGCCGGCGCCGGCGCCGGAGCUGGCCGUCCCGCACACCGGCUACACAAACCUGCUCUACGUCUACCCGCGCCGGCUCAAAUACGACGCGCAGAAGACGUUCAAGGCGCGCAACAUCGCCUGCCGCGUGGAGCUGCGGCAGGGGGACGACGAGAACGCCGCGCCCCUCGAGUGUUUUUACGCCCGGCCGGGCCAGGGGUGCAGCUACACGACCAGCCAGCUGACCUCGGUGCUGCACCACGAGACGACGCCCAGCUGGGGCGGCGAGGUGAAGCUGGCGCUGCCGCUGGCCGUGGACGAGCGCCACCACCUGCUCUUCACCUUCUACCACGUCAGCUGUCAGCCCAAGCCGGCCAAGCGCGGCCAGGAGACGCCCGAUGCCGUGGUCGGCUACAGCUGGAUACCGCUGCUCAGCAAGGGCAGGCUGAACCUGGACACGCAGACGGUGGCGGUGGCCGCUCACCUACCGCCCGGUUACCUGGCCGUCGAACCGCUGGGGCUCGGCAGAGGGUACGCGGGCCCGGAGAUCCGCUGGGUGGACGGCCAGAAGCCGCUGUUCAAGGUCACCUUCCGACUGGUGUCCACCAUCUACACCCUGGACCAGCACCUGCACAACUUCUUCCUGCACGCGCACCGGCUGCGCGAGUCCCGGCUGCCGACCGUCUACAACUCGGAUAACGAGACCACCAAACAGGUCAAGGUGGUGCACCAUCUUCCCAAAAUACUCAAGGCGCUGCACGCGAUCGACGUGGCCACCCUGAUCCGGUUCCUGCCGACGCUGCUGAACCAGCUGCUGCGAAUCGUGGUCAGUACCGACUCGGACGAGGUGCUACAGAACACGCUGCGCGUGCUCACACACGCCAUCACCACGCUGCACCAGGUCGGACGGCAGCGGCUCGUCGACAUCUACACCAGGCACGUGUUCUCUGAGCCGCGGCCGCCGCCGGCCGCCGGCCGCACCGUCCACGAGGCGCUGUGUCGCGGCCUCGCCCAGCUGCUGCAGCCCAGCAACAUGGACUUCCUGCUAGUUCACAAACUGCUCCGGCACGCCAGCUCCCUGUUCGACAUCAUCGUCAAGUCAAUGGCGCUGCACCUCCUCAACUCGGGACGCAUCAAGGUGCCGUCCUCGCCGCCGCAGGAGGACCUUGAGGACACCAGAGGAAUGCAGCGCCACGAGCGGUUCUCGGCCUCGUUCAACACGCAGCUGGAGACGAUGCUGGAGGCCUUCUACCCGUACAUCCUGCAAAAGUACAAGGAGCUGCCCAUCGAGACCCGCGAGGCCAACCGCAGCAUGGCGGCGCUGCUGAAGCGUUGUCUGAGUCUGAUGGACCGCGGGUUUGUGUUCCGUCUCAUCACCUCCUACCUGGAGAAGUUCAGUCUGGCCGACCCGCGCCUCCUCUGGGAGUACAAGUUUGAGUUUCUGCAGAUGGUGUGUGCGCACGAGCACUACAUUCAGCUGAACCUGCCCAUCUUCAGCCCGGCGCGGGUCACCGUCCGCUCGCUGCAGGAUUUUGAGCAGCAGUACUUUAUGUCGGAGCAGUUCAGCGCCAAACACUACCUGACCGGUCUGAUGCUACACGAGCUGCGGCUGGCGCUCAGUCAGAUCUCGGAGGUGCGACGGAUGGCCAUCCACGCCGUCCGAGAUCUGCUCGUCAAACACGCCUACGACGACCGAUACCAGACCAAGGGUCAGAAGUCUCGGAUCGCCACGCUGUAUUUCCCGCUGGUGGGUAUUCUGCUGGAGAACCUGCACCGGCUGGACGUGGCCGCCCCGGCCGCCGCCGCCGCUGCGGGCGCGGGCGGGGGCGGGGGCGGUGCAGCGCCGCCCUCGUCAGCGGCCGUCAGUCGGGCGGCCUCGCACCGCAGCACGGGCACCUGGCAGACGAGCAGCUCGUGGGUGAUGGCCGACGGCACCUCGUCGCUGGGAAACAGAAACAGGUUCUCGAUGACCCCCGAUUCGUCUCUGAACCACUCGCGGGCCACACAGCGAGAGUCCACCUACCUGGCAUACAUCGCCGGACAGGGUCAGCAGGCGUCGGAGAGCACGGCGGCGUCCACAGUCAGCCUGGCGUCGACGGCCUCCUCUCAGAACACGGUGGAGUCGGCGCACCUGGAGAACGGCGAGAACGGAGUGCACCGGCCGGACGAGCCGGCAGAGACCGACAGUCAACCGGGCACCGCCAAACGGUCCACACACAACAGGACCCAGAGCACGGUUCACGAUCCGGGCGCGCUGUACCGCUACGACAAACUGCUGGCCGGCGAGGCGCGUGACCUGCUCGUCUGCUUCCUGCACGUGGUGCGUCACGUGCCCGAGGAGCUGCUCAUCACGUGGUGGAGGCACGCCGCAGAGGAGGAUGUCAUCAACUUCUUCACACUCGUCCAGCUGUGUCUGUCCCAGUUCCGGUACACGGGCGGCGUGGUCACGCGCGCCGCUCACCCGCGCACCUCCGAGACCAAGAAGGCGUUCACGCUGCCGGCCAGGAUAGAGUCGCCCGGCGGGCCGGCGGCCGGGCUCAACAACGCCUCCUUCGCAGAGUCGCCGGCAGGAAAAGGCCCGUCGCCGUCGCCGCCCUCCACGCCUCACCUGUCGAGCGAGGCUGCGCUGGUGUCCCUGGACCUGUGCUGCCUGUACUCGGCCCACUACUCGGAGCGGCUGGUGCUGCGCGGCGGCCAGAACGCCCAGAUGGCGCUGCUGUCGGGGGUGCUGCUCAGCCUGCUGCACCCGGGACAGGCCGAGGCCGUGCUCAAACACGUGUUCGCCGCACUGAGGAUGUUCGUACAGCGGUACGGCAGCGCGCUCUAUCAUGGCACUGCGGAGCUGUGCGGUCGUCUGUGCUACGACCUGUUACGCUGCUGUAACAGCCCUCUGGCCAGCUCCCGGCACGAGGCCUGCGCCGUCCUCUACCUGCUGAUGAGGGGAAACUUUGAGUUCACCAACCGCAAGGCCAUCACCAGGGUCCACCUGCAGGUGAUAAUCAAGGUGUCCCAGCUGCUGGGCGAGUCGGUGGUGCUCGAUUCGUCCCACUUUUACGAGAGUCUGGCGCUCAUCAACAGCUACGCCAACAGCGACAAGGCCAUGACGCGCACCAGUUUUGUGUCUGACGUGAAGGACCUGACGAAGCGGGUGCGGACCGUGCUGAUGGCCACGGCGCAGCUGAAGGAGCACGAGAACGACCCGGCCGUGCUGGUGGAGCUGCAGCACAGUCUGGCCAACAGCUACGCCAGCACGCCCGAGCUCCGACAGACGUGGCUGGCCAGCAUGGCAAAGUGCCACGUGCGCGAUGGCAACCUGUCGGAGGCGGCCAUGUGUCAGGUGCACAUCGCGGCUCUGAUGGCCGAGUACCUACUGCAGCGGGGAGAGCACGAGACCGGCUGCGCCGCCUUCCGCGCCAUAUCCGACAACGUGGUGCGGGACGAGAACAACCUGAGGCUCGAUCACGGUAUCGGUGACCUCUGCUACACGGAGGACUCGCUGGUGGCCCAGCUGAAGGUCUGCGCAGAGGCUAUGGAGGCGUGUGAGAGGCACGAGCUGAUCGCCGACAUCUACGACAUCCUCAUACCCAUCUACCGGAAACGCAGGAGCUACUCCGAGCUGUCCCAGGUCCACCACCAUCUGGAGCGGUGCUACAACCGGAUCGUGCAGCUGAACGCCUCCGGACGCCGGCUGCUCGGCACCUACUUCCGGGUCAUCUGUCUGGGGCAGAACUACUUUGACAAGGACCAUGACCGCGAGUACGUGUACAAGGAGCCCAAGGUGACGUCGCUCUCGGAGGUCAGCGAGAAGCUGCUCCAGCUGCACGUCUCCAAGUUCGGCAGGGACUACGUCAGGAUGAUCAAGGACUCGGCGCCGGUGACGAUGUCCGAGCUGGACCCGCGGUUCGCCUACAUCCAGGUCACCCACCUGACCCCUCACUGGGACGAGGUCGACCUGGACGCGCGGCCCACCGAGUUUGAGCACAACAACAACAUCAAACAGUUUAUGUACGAGACGCCGUUCACACGUGAGGGCGGCGCGCACGGUACAGUGGAGAAGCAGUGGCGCCGGCGGACGGUGCUCACCACCGACUACUGCUUCCCCUACGUGCGGACCCGGAUACCCGUCAUACGCAGACAGGAAUACGAGCUCUCCCCGAUCGAGGUAGCCAUCGCCGAGAUGACCCAGAAGACCCGAGACCUGCUGGACGUGGUGGAGCGCCAGCCGACCGACGUCAAAAAGCUGCAGCUCCGACUGCAGGGCAGCGUCAGUGUGCAGGUGAACGCCGGCCCUCUGGCGUACGCCUCGGCCUUCCUGGAGGAGAGUGUGCAGCGCACCUUCCCCGGCGACAAGGUCUACCAGCUCAAGCAGGCGUUCCGCGAGUUUGUGGAGGCGUGCCACCGCGCGCUGGAGCUGAACCACCGGCUGCGCGCCGACGACCAGGCGGACUACCAGAGCUCCCUGGUGGCCGGCUUCCGUGACCUGGUGGCCGCGCUGGGCACGAUACUCGGCGAGAGCUUCCCCGUGGAGCUGGAGUCGGCGGCGCGCAACUCGCAGCAUCUGAGCGUCUACACGCUGCUCAGCAGUGUCACCGGCUCCAGCUCCGUGUGAGCGAGGACGGAGGUUGGGAGGGGCGAGAGACGAGGACGGAGACUGAGACAUAGACACUAGAUGGCGGUGGGCGAUAGGGGACGGAGACGUAGAUUGAGAUGGAAACCGUAGAUUGAGAUGGAAACUCAGACAAAGGGGAGAGAGACGGAGGUGACGGAUCCGCGGGAGGCGGUAAAUGCGGACGCACGUCUGUACCAGCUCUCUGCUGUCUGGCUCGGCUGCUGUGGUGCCAUAUGCCUUGCUGAGGAUGACUGUGGUGACUCCGGUAUAGAGCUGUUGAGCUGAAAACCAGAGAUAACUCGUUAGGAGGUUACUGUGUGAUUGCGGGUCGUGCCCUGCAAACCUGUUCCGUCAGUUUGCGAACCUGCUGCGUCAGUUGAUCUGUAUGCCGAUUUUAUGAGUCUACUGCAGCGGGUCGUUAGCAUGCUGCGUCAGUUAGCGCCUCCGCUGCGUUACUUUGUGAAGUUGCGCGUCACUUUGUGAAGUUGCGCGUCAGUUUGUGAAGUUGCGCGUCCGUUUCGUACCUGCUGCGCGGCCGUUCCCGUUUCUGCCGUUCGUUUGUGCCAAAUGUGUGCUGUUCCGAGCUGGAGUACAGCCGAGCGCUGCAGGGUAUCGUUACGGUCUGAUCUGCGCCGCUGUUGGUGGAGUGAGUGAGUGUCCGCCCGCUGUCGGUGGGCGAAUGUCGCGAACCUUGUGCGUUCCCUCCACAAUGCACUCCGUAGUCAGCCGAAUUACAGUUCGACACUGUCACGCCAGGCAAUAAUACCACAGUGCUCAACCACUGAUGAUGCGAUAAUGUUACAAUGCUAGUCAUUUUGUAUUUAUUUGUGUUUUAACUUUGUGGCUCUCCGUAUUUAACUCCCUGACAGACUACUCCUCGCGCGAACUGCUGUGCUGCUCCGCGCAAAUGUGUUGUGUUUCGUUCUGUCGCGAGCAGAGGUGAACCCGUGCCUCAGUCAGUGUGUCUGGUCCGGUAUCCCUGUGCCUUCCCCGGUGAUCACGGUGACGUGGACGGUGAUGUGUGCCCAUCGAGGCACGAAUGUUCUCGUCGGAAAAUAGAAUUGCGAUAUUUCGGUGA